AUGAGCGACCUCCAGGCCUACCUCGCGGCCAAGUACAUGUCCGGGGCCAAGGCCGACGCCAUCCUCGAGCGCUCGGAUGAGGUCAAGCGGCGCAAGAAGAAGCGCCGCGUCGAGGGCGGCAGCUCGAGUGCGGCGGCCGCGACGGGCGGCGGAGCGGGCUUGCUCGUCGCCGACGAGGACGGUGCGUGGGGCGUCAAGGACGACGAGGACGAGGACUACAAGCCUGUCGUCGAGGAGCGCCGCGGCCACUUCAAGGCCAAGGCCAAGGCCGACUCGUGGGCUACGAUCCGCGACGCCGACCCGUCACUGCGACCUCGCACGCCGACACCCGAGCCCGAGGACGAGGCGCCCGCCGUCGCGUCCGUCACGGUCGAGACGGCCCCGCGCGGCGGCCUCCAGUCGGCGGCCGACCUGCGCGCCGAGCAGGAGCGCAAGAAGGCCGAGCAGGAGCGCAAGCGGGCCCAAGCGCAACGCGACGAGGAGCGGCGCAGGCGCGAGGCGCGCGAGCGCGGCGAGGACGUCGACGACGAGGACCCGCACGCGACCGUGUACCGCGAUGCGACGGGCCGCAAGAUCGACGUCAAGGUCGCCAAGGCCGAGGAGGCCAAGCGCAAGCGCGACGAGAUGGAGAAGGAGAUGGCCAAGAUGGAGUGGGGCAAGGGGCUCGUGCAGAAGGACGAGAAGGAGCGGCGCGCGAGGGAGGCGGAGAAGCUCAAGACGAGGAGCUUUGCUCGAUACGCCAACGACGACGACAUGAACGACGAGAUGAAGGAGGUCGACCGGUGGAACGAUCCCGCCGCCGCCUUCCUCACGAAGAAGAAGGACAAGAAGGCGACCAAGUCCAAGUACCCGGCGUACUCGGGCCCUCCUCCACCGCCAAAUCGCUACGGCAUCCGCCCCGGCUAUCGGUGGGACGGCGUCGACCGCGGCAACGGGUUCGAGAAGCGGCUCAUGGACAAGCAGAACUCGCGCGCCGUGUGGAGCGCGGCUGCGCACGCGUACAGCACCGAGGACAUGUGAAACUCGGACUUGCUCUCUCUUUGUCCGUCUCCUUUC